GAAAUAUACACUGCUCUCCUCUUCGUCUUACCAUUUCAUUUCAUUUCGCAUUUGGAAUCAAAUCAAAGGAGAAAGCAGAGUUACUUUUCCGAUUAAAUCAAAGAGGAAAACGGGAAAUUCCGGCGGAAAAUGGAGCACCCGUUCUUCAUGAACCCUAAUUCCAAUCGGGCCGAGGCAAUCCGAUGGCUGUCAAUCGCGGAGAAGCUAUUGAACAAUCGUGAUCUAGUAGGGUGCAAAUCGUUUGCGACCCGGGCCCGAGAUUCGGACCCUAGCCUCGUACAGGCGGAGCAAAUCCUCGCCAUCGCCGACACUCUCAUCGCCGGCGAGAAGCGGAUCAACAACCAGCACAUCGACUGGUACGGUAUCCUCCAAGUGGCUCCCAACCAGAGCCAUGAUUCCGAGUUCAUCGCGAAUCAGUACCGCCGCCUCGCUCUCCUGCUCAAUCCCCAGAAGAACACGCUCUCCUUCGCCGAUCAAGCCUUCCGCCUCGUCGUGGAUGCAUGGUCGUUGCUCUCAAACCCUUUCAGGAAGAGCUUGUAUGAUAAAGAGCUCGGGUUCUUUUUAAACCUCAACCCGGACCCGGUUCAUUCCGCCCCGAAUACGGUAUCUUCUGUGCAGCAGCCCAGUGGGUUUAAUGUCUUCCCCAAUUCCAGCAGAGAGCAACAGCAAAUCUUCUUUGGUAGUCGAGAACAGCAGCCAAUUAGCUCGGGGCAAUCAGUGACGUUUCUUUCUCGAGACCCGGUUCAACCUGUGACCUCCAUGCAGCAGCCAAGCUCGAGCAGAGAGCAGCAACCGCAACCGCAACCGCAGCCGGUAAUGUUUCUAAAUCGAGACCAACAGCCGCCGGUUACUCCUGUCCCGGCCGCGAACAGAGACCCACAGCCGCCGGUGACCUAUAUGCCGAGCUCGAGCAGGGAACCAGUGCAAAUUUCCUUUGGGGCAAGCCAACGUCAUUCCGAACAGCCACCGGUAGUAGCUUCAUUGCAAAGCCCCGCCACUGAGCAUCAAAGGAACAAGCAGCCACAGCAGCAAACUGAGGGCUCUGUAGGAAACAACAAUCACAAUCUCUCUGGCAGUUCUAUUGGUAAUGCAAAUAAAGAAACUGGAGUAGAAGAAGAGCCUAAGAGUGACAUUCCUAGUUUCUGGACUGCAUGCCCAUAUUGUUAUCAUAUGUUUGAGUACCCUGAUGCUUAUGUCGACUGUACGUUGCGGUGUCGCAAUUGCAAGAUGGCAUUUCAGGCUAUAGCAAUCUCAUCACCUCCUCCAAUUAUUGAUGGGAAAGAAGCCUACUUUUGUUGUUGGGGCUUUCUUCCCUUGGGGUUUUCUGUGCCAAAUUGGGAGAGAAACAGGGAUCGAGCAACAAGCUGGAGUCCAUUUUCACCUAUGUUUACUUGUCCUCGAGGUGGAGCGGGGAAUGAAGCUAGUGGGGUAAGUGCAAAUUAUGCUGCUAUGGGGCAGAAGAGUGGAAACACUUCUGGUGGUUUUAAUAGUGUAGGGGCAUCAAAGGGUGGGGCUAGUCAUAAGAGUGUGACUCCAAGGAUUUAUGUUGAUGAUGAUGAUGAUGAUGUGCUUGUAGGACUAUCAGACUCAGGUGAGGAAUCAGAUGAGGAUUGGCGUGGAGAGAAGAGGAAGAAAUCAAAAAGCUUGAAGGGAAAAGGGAUGAAGACAUUGACUCCUAAUAGAAGCACUCCGAAACAGCAGGCUGAUAAGGGAAAGAAUGCCAAAGGCAACACAGGUGAAAAUUUACAGGAUGGUUUGCGAAUUCAAAGUGGUGGUCGUCUCGCAGCUGAGUCAAGUAAGAAAGGUGUUGUGAGUAAUACAAGGAGACAAUCUGGGAGGAUUGCCAAAGACUAUGGGAAGUUGGAUCUGAAUGUGGAGUUUAGUAAUGAGGUUGAAGAACAUCCACCUGGGAUGGAUGGGCUAGGAAACGGAGCAGGAAGGGGAGAGGAUGAUAACAUAUUUUUUGAGGGUCUUGAUGAAUUCCUAAGCAGUCUUCCUAUACUCAAUGUUGUUGGUGAGGAUAAGGUUAAGGCUGCUUAGGCCUUAGUGAACUAUUGGCGUUUCUAUUGUUGUAGUUGUAACUCUAGCCUUGAUUUUACAUCUUUAUGUUUGUAGUAUGGAACCAGGUAGAGUUUCCUCGGCGCUGGACUUGAUGUAUCUUCCUGUAGCUUUUCUGCUGCAAAGUUUGCAGCAAUUGUGUCUUUUUCAUUCUAUCUUUGUAGUUGCAAUAAUUAAUCUUUUCUUUCGGUCUCCA